GCUGAGCUGCAGCCAGUGAGGUAAGAAUUCUCUAUAUAAGAGACGUUGAGUCUGAUACAUCACCAACACUUUUCGAAGAACAACAGAGAACAAAGACCAACAUGGCUGGGGAGGCUGCGGAUGAUCUUCAGUACAUUAACAAUUACAAAAACAAAAUUAUCAGGGCUUCUAACAAACUUGGAGUGAAGCCUUCUAUCGUGGCUGGUAUCAUCUCCAGAGAGACCCGAGGAGGCAGAGGGGCAGGUCUCACUUCUGAUGGCUGGGGAGACAACGGAAACGCCUUUGGACUGAUGCAGGUUGACAAGAACUGGCACACGCCAAGGGGCGAGUGGGACAGCCAGGAACAUAUUGAGCAAGGAAUUGGGAUUCUAAAGGACUGCUACAAUGAAGUCGCACAGAGAUUUCCCAAUAUGCCCGACAAGAUGAAAGGAGCACUGGCUGCCUACAACAUGGGCGCACAAAAUAUGAACCCCAACAACGUGGAUGCUCACACUACUCAUGGCAACUAUUCCAGUGAUGUCUAUGCCAGGGCCCAGUACUAUGCGAGGAAUGGUUAUUAACUCGGAGAACUCACCCAUUUCUGACUUUCUGAUUGAUUGAUAUCUGUGUCCCUUUAUAUGCUUUAUGAUUUUAUGAAUGGAAAUUUCUUCAAGUGAAUAAAUGCAUUUCUGCAGCAGAGUAAUAACAAUGUAUGAUGUGUUAAGUGUCAUUUGCAACGUCUUUCAAUGGAUCAAUAAAGCUAUCAGUCCAGUAUAAGUAAUGAAUCAUGUCUUU